AUGUCUGACCCAACCUCAUCCACUUUAUCGUCCCUCGAGGCGGCAAUCGCCGAAGAAACCACACGAUUUAAUCAACUCCGAUUGGAGAAAGAUGUAGACACCAACGCACUAGAUGAAAGUAAGAAAAAACUCGGAGAGCUCAAAAAGAAAUUGGGAGAGAGCAAAAAGGCGGCUGCUCAAGCGACUGCUGGAGCCUCAAAAGAUGCGUCUACAUCUACAGCAGACGCAAAGAAGCGCGAGCGAAUGCUGCUCAAGACGGCAAAGGGAACGAGGGACUAUGGACCAGCUGAGAACUCGCUGCGAGAGCAUAUCGAAGACAUUGUCAAGGAAUGUUUCAAGCGAUAUGGCGGAUCCUGCAUCGAUACUCCGGUCUUUGAGCGCAAAGAUAUCCUCACCGGCAAGUAUGGAGAAGACUCGAAACUCAUCUUCGACUUGAAGGAUCAAGGUGGGGAAGAACUUUCGUUGCGAUAUGAUCACACUGUACCGCUCGCGCGAUACCUGGCGAUGGGUAUCGCCAACUUUCCCGGUGGCAAGCUCUGGCAGCUUGGAAAGGUCUACCGACGCGAUAACCCAGUCGUUUCCAAAGGUCGUAUGCGCGAGUUUUCGCAAGCUGACUUUGACAUCUCUGGGGUCUACGACUCGAUGAUUCCGGAUGCAGAGAUUCUCUCUCUCCUCAGUGACAUUCUCACACGCCUCAAAGUUGGUGAAUUCACAAUCAAGCUCAACAACCGCAAGAUUCUCGACGGCAUCUUUGGUGUCUGCGGCGUUCCCGAGGACAAGACACGUGCCAUCUCCUCUGCCGUCGACAAACUCGACAAGGCACCCUGGUCAGAAGUGAAAAAGGAGAUGACGGACGAAAAGGGACUGGACCCUGCCGUCGCGGACCGCAUAGGCGAAUACGUCAAGCUCAAAGGAGGUGUCGAACUCAUCGAGCGUCUCCGAUCCGACGAGGUCUUCAUGGCGAACAAGAUGGCCGUCGAGGGCGUCAAGGAGAUGGAGACACUCUUCCAGUAUCUCGCGGCGUACAACGUCCUACAGCACAUCUCCUUUGAUCUCUCGCUCGCACGUGGAUUAGACUAUUACACUGGUAUCAUUUACGAAGCCAUUGUCGAGGCCUCUGCACCACCAGGCUUCACUGCCAACCCUGCCGUACCACCCACAUCCCCCACCACUCCCGCAGCGAAGCCUAAAAAAGAGAAGAAGAAGAAACCCGUGCCUGGUGCGGAAGAAGAGGACGAGAUUGACGAGUCGCAGGUCGGCGUUGGCUCCAUCGCCGCUGGUGGACGAUACGACAAUCUCGUCGGCAUGUUCACAGCCGCAGCACAAGCAGAGGGCAAAAAGGCUCCACAGAUGCCCUGUGUCGGUGUGAGUAUCGGCAUGGAUCGUAUAUUCGCGCUCCUCUGGCCGAAAUGGAGUGAAAUGGAGAGGACAAAGGGCACCGAUGUCUUCGUCAUGGCUGCAGGAGACGGGUUGCUCGUCGAGCGCAUGAAGCUCGUGAGGGAAUUGCGUGAGCAGGGUAUCAAGACCGACUUUUUGCUCAAGAAUAAACCAAAGCUCCCCGCCCAGUUCUCUGCAUCUGAAAAGGAUGAAGUACCCUUUGCUAUUAUCCUCGGCGAGAGCGAGCUCAAAGAGGGUUUUGUCGUCGUCAAACAGCAGGUCUGGGAUAUCAACGAUGCAGGAACAAAGGAAAAGCGAAAGGACGAGUCGACGGGCGAAAAAGUCAAGCGGGAUGAACUCGUCGAGUGGCUCGUCGCGCGGGGUGCAAAGCGAGCAUUGGCCAAUUAA